UCUUCCUCCACACUCCAUCCGCCACCACCGCUCUCUGAUUUACAAUCUCAUAUUUGAAUCUCCAUUUCUGAUAAUUCCUCUACUUAUUCAAAACUCUAAGCAUGUUUCUGAGACAAGCUUCAGCUUUUUCUCUCCCAGCGCAGCAGACUGGCUCCUCUAACUCAUCGUCUUCUAGGCUCUCUGCUCUUUUUUCCUCUUCUUCUGCUGCUCUGCCCUUUGUGCACAGAAAGUAUGGAAAUGGAUUCAUGGUAUCUGCCUCUACAGAGCUCAAUAACUCGUCACUAACAGGCGUAGUUUUCCAGCCAUUUGCAGAAGUGAAUAAGGACGCUCUUCCUGUUCCGAUCUCCCCUCAGAUUUCGCUUGCUCGCCAGAAAUUUUCAGACGAGUGUGAAGCAGCACUCAACGAACAGAUCAAUGUGGAAUACAAUGUCUCGUAUGUGUACCACUCCCUGUAUGCAUAUUUCGAUAGGGACAACGUUGCUCUGAAAGGGCUUGCCAAAUUUUUCAAGGAGUCCAGUGAAGAAGAAAGAGAACACGCAGAAAAAUUGAUGGAAUAUCAGAACAAGCGAGGAGGGAAAGUAAAACUACACUCCAUACUGAUGCCACCUUCAGAGUUUGAGCAUGAAGAGAAAGGAGAUGCACUUUACGCUAUGGAAUUGGCACUGUCUCUGGAGAAGCUAACAAAUGAAAAACUGUUAAACCUGCACAGGGUUGCAGAUGGGAACAAUGACCCCCAGAUGGCUGAUUUCAUUGAGAGCGAGUUCUUAACUGAGCAGGUUGAAGCCAUUAAGAAGAUAUCAGACUAUGUUAGUCAACUGAGGUUGGUCGGUAAAGGCCAUGGAGUGUGGCACUUCGAUCAGAUGCUUAUUCACGGGGGAGCUGCUGCUUGAUGAAUUAAUCGAUUCUUGUUAUGACGUGGUGAAACUGUUCCUUGUGCUGGAAUUUGGGGUAUUUCUGUUUUCAAGAUUUGAGUGAUUGGAGGCUAGUAAUAAGCUGAUAUUGUCAUAUAGAUGUGUAGUAUAUUGGUCUGGUGACUGGUGAAAAGCUUGGGCUAGUAUAGUAAUAGAUGGAGGUAUAUGAUGGUGUAGGAAUAUGGGUAGUACUGAAAAGCUGUGAUCGAUCGGGUACAUGGCUUUCAAGUUUAAGUUUACAAUCAAUCAAAUUCACCAUGUUGCUUAUUGAAUUAGAACAUCAAUUUUGAUCUUGAUGAAUGAUACUUGCCGGGUUAUCUUG